AUGUCGAGCAAGCUGAAGAAGGCGAUCGGCGCCGUGAAGGACCAAACCAGCAUCAGCCUCGCAAAAGUCUCGUCGAGCGGCGGCGGCUGCAACGCCCUGGAGGUCUCCGUCCUGAAGGCCACUUCUCACGACCCUUCCGUUCCCCUCGACUGCAAGCACGCCCUCGAGAUCGUCCGCCUCGUCUCUUCCAGCAAAUCCCACGCCGCCGCUGCCGCCCGCGUCCUCGGCAAACGCAUUGGCCGCACCCGCAACUGGGUCGUCGCCCUCAAAUCCCUCAUCCUCAUCCUCCGUAUCUUCCAAGACGGCGACCCUUACUUCCCCCGCGAAGUCCUCCACGCCAUGAAGCGCGGGGCCCGCAUCCUCAACCUCUCCUCCUUCCGCGACGACUCCUCCUCCUCUUCCCCUUGGGACUUCACCUCCUUCGUCCGAACCUUCGCUCUCUACCUCGACGAGCGCCUCGACUGCUUCCUCACCGGAAAACUCCAACGCCGAUCCUCCAACCACCACCACGACCACCACCGGAGCAAGAACCGGGAACCGAACGAGCCCGUGCGCGACAUGAAACCGGCCAUGCUCCUCGACCGCAUGUCCCACUGGCAACGCCUGCUCGACCGAGCCAUCGCCACGCGGCCCACGGGCGCCGCGCGGGCCGACCCGCUCGUCCGCGCGGCCCUCCACGCGAUCGUGCGCGAGAGCUUCGACCUCUACCGGGACGUCUCGGACGGGCUCUCUCUCGUCCUCGACAGCUUCUUCCACCUACAGUACCAAAACUGCGUGGCGGCCUUCCACGCCUGCGUGAAGGCCGUCAGGCAGUUUCCCGAGCUCGCCGCGUUCUAUUCCCUCUGCAAAAGCCUCGACGUCGGCCGGAGCUCCGAGUAUCCGAGCGUCCAAGUCGUCUCCGACGAGCUCGUUGAGACGCUCGGGGAGUUUCUCAAGGACCAGUCGUCGUUCUCGGCCGGACCGGCGGCGGCAGCGGUGGCGCCACCAUUUCCUCGGCCGCCGCCGCAGCCGGAGCGUGGCUCAUCACUGGAGGAGCUGAUAAGCGCGACGGAGACGACGGCGGGGUUGGUCGGGCCCGUGAUAUCGAUCGACCUCGAGACAUACCCGACGGAGGCGGCAGCGAACGACGGGGAUGCGUUCGGGCCGAGCGACACGGGGUCGAGCAGGUCGCUGCCCGCCACAUCAUCGAUCGUGGACCUCAUGUCGCUCGAGGAUUGGGCGGAGGAACCGAAUAAUUGGGAGGUUGUGCUGGCCGAGACGAUGUCGACGCCUACGUCAUCAUCGGCCGUGUCGAUGUCACGGGAGGAAAUGCCGAACGAUCAUUACGUUAACCCGUUUCUGGUGGAUCAUCACGACCCAUUUGAACCGACGGCCCAAGGGGUGGCUGUGCCGACUUUCCAGGCACGGAUUACGGGCGGGGAUGACCCGUUUGGGGAGAAGAAAGGCGGGGACGACCCGUUUGGGGAAUUUACAGGUGAGACGAUGUUUGGUGGAGCAAUGGACCUGCAGAAAUUGAAGCAGCAACAAGAGAUGUGGUUGCAGAACCAAAACAAGAUUAUAGCUAAAAAUUGGAGCUGA